AUGUAUACCAAUCUAGUGAUCCUUCCAUGUCAUGCUAUAUGGAAAGGUGGUGUCGAGUUGGGUGAAACUAGAGAUGAAUGGCACCUUGUGAAUUUCCAAAUUGAUGGUUAUGAUCAUCUAGCAUUUAAAGAUCAUAUUAUUCAAAGUAUAGAUUAUAUAAAAUCAAAACCUGAAAGUUUCUUAAUCAUCUCAGGGGGUCAAACGAAAGUUGAAUCAGGACCUAUUUCAGAAUCAUUAUCAUAUUACCAAUUAGCAACCAACUUGAUAGAAGAUGAACAUAAACAUUCAAUCUUGUCUCGAAUGUCAACUGAAGAACAUGCUCGUGAUUCAUUUGAAAAUGUUAUAUUUUCAAUUUGUCGAUUUUAUGAAUUAUUCAAUAGAUACCCAGAAGCAAUCACCAUCAUCGGAUUUGAAUUCAAAAGAGAAAGAUUCUUAACUUAUCAUCUAGAUAAAGCCUUGAGAUUUCCUUUACAUAAAGUAGAAUAUGUGGGAAAUUCACCCACCCCAAAGGAUUUCUCCAAACCAGAUCAGGAAAGGUACUUUAAAGAGCUUGAUGAUAGUGAAUAUAGAUUUGCCGUUAAAUUCUUUGAACAAGAUUGGUAUGGGAUAAAGAAACCAUUAGCGUCGAAGAAAUCUACCAGAAAUCCAUUUAAACGUUCUCAUGGUUAUGCUCAAAGUAAUCCACAGUUAACCAAAUUCUUAACCAUACUUCAACAAGAAGAUAUAGAUAUUUCAAACGAGGAAGUUCGCCAAUUAUUAAUAGAUUUACCUUGGAUAUGUACUACAGAAUAA